AUGAUCGGUGCAUCCAAAUCGUCCGCCAUCCGCAGGUUCAAGUGGCUGGAACAAAAAUUGGCUAAAGACGAUAACAUUAGGACGCAGUACCACGAUUUUCUGCGAGAAUACGUGGCGCUUGAUCACAUGGCUCCUGUGCAGGAUGAUGGGGAAAACAUUUCAAAGGUGUGUUAUCUACCACACCAUCCUAUCGUGAAGGAAUCGAGCUCGACCACGGAGCUCGUCGAAGAUGAGGGAAUCCUGUUCCCGAACGCAAGCACGGCCAUUAAGAAGAACGUUUACGUGGACGAUCUUAUCGCAGGCGCCAACAGCAUCGAAGCAGCCAUUCAGCUACGAGGUGAACUUUCCAAUCUUCUACAAAAGGGUGGAUUCCGCUUCCGAAAAUGGUGCUCCAACGCACUUCCCGUUUUGGCUGAUUUACCGCCCGAAUUACUCGGGACCCAACAUUCGAUGAAAUUCGACCCCGAAGAAAGCAUCAAAACUCUCGGCAUACGCUGGGAACCCGAAGCAGACGUGUUCCGAUUUGACGUUGCCGUUACAGUGCCGAAUCAGCGACCUACUAAGCGAACAAUCCUCUCCGCUAUUGCACAGCUCUACGACCCACUCGGUGUCAUCUCUCCCGUCGUCGUUUCUGCGAAAAUAUUAAUGCAGAACCUCUGGCUCUUGGCUUUAGGCUGGGACGAUGGAGUUUCGCCGGAUCUCGGGCGCAAGUGGAAUAAAUUUUGCGAGCAACUACCCGCCCUUUCCAGUUUUCGCAUCGAAAGAUGUGCAUUCGCUCCUGAUUUUCUCUCUGCAGAGUUGCACUGCUUUGCGGACGCAUCCGAACUCGCUUAUGGUGCGUGCAUUUACGCUCUCUCCGAAACUGUUGAUAAACGCGUACACGUGUGUCUACUAGCUUCGAAAUCUAUAGUGGCCCCGCUCAAGCCACUUACCAUCCCCCGGCUAGAGCUUUGUGCCGCUCUGCUCACUUCUCGACUGUACGUAAAAAUCAUCCGUUCCCUAGAAAUGGAAAUAGAAGGAUGUUUCUUCUGGUCUGACUCCACGAUUGUACUUCAGUGGAUGAAGGCUCCGCCGCGAACAUGGAAGACGUUCGUAGCAAACCGGAUUUCCGAAAUUCAAGCUACAACUGUUGGUUCCCGUUGGCAACACGUUUCCGGCAGGGAAAAUCCUGCGGACAUGAUAUCCCGAGGAGUUUUCGCAGAGGAGUUGAUCAACAGCGAACUGUGGAAGCGUGGUCCUAAGUGGCUACGCGAAGAUAAAUCAACGUGGCAAGUUCAAAUACUUCCAGAAACCAAAUUUACUGUGGAGGAAUUGGAGGUGAACAAAAAUGCAAUCCUGACGACCCAGAUCGCCCUUCCCGAAUCGAUAUUCGUACGGUUUUCGUCAUACCGUACUCUACUCAACGUUGUUGCGUACUGUUUCCGUUUUUACCGCAACUCCCGUGGCAAAGAGCAGAGGAUUUCCGGUAAUGUACUUACCGUUGCCGAGUUACAAAAUGCUAAAAUGGCUUUGGUAAAGCUUGCUCAAGCUGAAACGUUCCCCGAUGAUCUGCGACGCUUGAAAAAAGGAUUUACGGUAUCGACCAAAUCAUCUCUCCGCCUGUUAUGCCCUUUCCUGGACGACAAGGGCAUGAUUCGUGUUGGUGGUCGGUUUCGGCUAGUUGACGCACCUUACGACGUGAAGCACCAGCUGGUUCUUCCUGGAUUCCAACCGUUCACGAAACUUCUUCUGGCGCAUGUUCACCUCAAGCUGCUACACGGUGGAAAAGCGAUGACUCUUUCGGUCCGUGAUGCCCGUACGGUGGAUGAUGUUGCAAAACAACAACAAGAUGGAAUGCGUUCUCCGCGACGACAUCCGUUCGUUGUGAUUUUAAUGGCCCCAUCAUCGCCGGCCGCGUCCGUGCGGUGGAAUGCGUCAUCAUUCACCUCUCGAUAG